AUGCUGGAAUCCCCCGACACGUCGCUGGAGAAAGCCGGCGCCCACGAACUCGAGGAUGCGAAGACUUCGCAGGAUGAGAAGAUGGUCGGUCAGGAAUCCGCUCUCGAGAGCGCGCCGGCAUUCAAUGUAGAUGAACAGGCGGUGCUGCGCAAGAUGGAUAUUCGCCUGAUUCCCAUGCUCAGUAUACUGUACCUGCUUGCGUUCCUGGACCGAGGAAACAUCGGAAACGCGAAGAUCGAGGGCUUGGUGGAUGAUCUGAAUAUGACAGGGCCACAAUACAACUGGACGCUGACUGUAUUCUUUUUCACGUAUUGCGUCUUCGAAUUGCCAAGUAACCUUUUGCUGAAGAAGUUGAGACCAUCCAGAUGGCUGCCUUUGAUCAUGGUUGCGUGGGGUAUUGUGAUGACUUUGAUGGGUGUGGUUCACGAUUAUGGUGGCCUUCUCGCAACUCGUUUGAUGUUGGGUGUUGCCGAGGCGGGCCUUUACCCUGGUGUCGCAUACUAUAUUACCCUGUGGUAUCCCCGUCACCGAGCACAAUACCGCCAGGCACUCUUCUUCAGUGCUGCAAGCAUUGCCGGAGCAUUCUCUGGGAUUCUCGCGUAUGGAAUUGCAAAGAUGGACGGGGUAGGAGGCUAUGCCGGCUGGCGCUGGAUUUUCAUCUUGGAGGGCCUGCUAACUGUGGUGGUGGCCCUUGUCGCACCAUUCGCAAUCCAUGAUUCUCCAGAAACAGCCAGCUUCCUCACUGAAGAGGAGCGUCGGUUCGUCAUUCACAGUCUGCGGAUUCAGAACUCGGCAGAUUCGCGGGAGAUGGUACAGGAUGAGAACAAGUUCCAGACGAGAUAUGUGCUUGACGCUUUCCUGGACUGGCAAAUCUACCUCGGACUGUUCAUGUAUUGGGGCAUCACCUGCCCUCUUUACGGCAUCUCCCUUUUCCUCCCUUCCAUUAUCAAGGAUCUUGGCUAUACAUCCUCAACCGCUCAGCUGUUGACCGUUCCGAUUUAUAUUACUGCAGCAGUUGUGGCUGUCUUUGCGGCCUGGUUCUCGGAUCGUCGCAAGCAGCGGUCUCCUUUCAUUCUUUUCUUCAUGGCCAUGAUUGCGAUUGGGUUCGUGAUCUGCCUGGCAUCGAGUGGUCGCGGCGUACCGGGUGUUGUAUACUUCGGCGUAUUCGUGGCCGUCGUUGGAAUCUACCCUGCUUUCCCAGGAAAUGUCACCUGGCUCAGCGUCAACCUGGCUGGCGAUUAUAAGCGUGCUGCGGGUAUGGCCAUCUACAUUGGACUUGGCAAUCUCGCAGGUGCAAUGGCAUCAAACUUCUACCGUGCCCAGGAUGCCCCGCAAUACAUUCUGGGUCAUUCGCUGGAGCUGGCGUUUGUUGUUGUGGGUAUGGUGGCGACUGUGGUUCUGCGACUUGUAUACCAACGCAUCAAUCGGAACCGGGAUCUCCUGGAUUCCUCGGAAUAUCCCGAUAAUCCGGAUGCGUUGGGUGAUCGGUCGCCCUUGUUCCGCUACAUGCUUUGA